CACAUUGCUUUCGUUCAUCCAUAUGAUAAUGAAAUCCUCACGUAUUCUUUUGCUCUGUCUCCUUACAACUGCUUUUUAUCUCCUCCACCAACAUUCUUCCAUUGCUUCAACUUCUUCAUCUUCUUUGAAUUUUCUUCCAGGAAGGAGACACGUGAGAGAAUUGAGCAUGUCAUUCUCCAACCGGAAAAAUGAAUACCAAGAGAUCCAGGAUGUUGAUGACGAAAUGAAGCCAUCUACAAUGCAAGAAGAUUCCAUUGCAGUAGAACACAGGAGCAGCAGCGAGAAUUUAGAAGAUAUUGUUUACCACAUCGAUUAUCAUGGAGUUAUGACUCAUCCAACUCCAACUCCCAAACACCCCAAACCCUAGGAUGCUUUAUAAGCCUUCCCUACAGAAGAGUUUAUUCAUACAUGUCUGGUAUUUCUAAUCAAUAGAUACAACAAUGUAAUAACAUAUAGUAAUAUUUUGGAUGGAAAUACUUUGCUUCAAAUU